GUGGCGUUAGUUGGAAAUGUGACAUGUACGUCAGCUAACCUGUGUUAGCUUUAACAGUCGUGUGUGUGAGUGUGUGCGCUAUCUGCCGCUCGCCCAUGGUGCUUCUGUAAGGUGUGCUACGGACUCUUAAAAGGAGCACCAUGGCAAUGUGGAUCCAGGCCCAGCAGCUGCAGGGUGAGGCGUUGCACCAGAUGCAGGCACUGUACGGCCAGCACUUCCCCAUCGAGGUGCGACACUACCUGGCCCAGUGGAUUGAGAGCCAGCUCUGGGAUUCAGUGGAGUUGGACAACCCAGCCGAGGAGGCCAAAGCCAAGCGUCUGCUGGACAACCUGGUGGCAGAGCUGCAGAGGAAAGCCCAGCUUCAGGGAGGAGAGGAUGGCUUUCUGCUUAAGAUCAAGCUGGGCCACUAUGCAAACCAGCUCAAGAGCACUUAUGACCGCUGUCCUUUGGAGCUGGUGCGCUGCAUAAAACACAUCCUCCACUCAGAGCAGAGGCUGGUUCAAGAAGCUACUAAUGCCAGCUGUGGGAGUGGAGGACAAGCCAUGGACAGUCUGUCCCAGCGCCACCAGCAGAUCAACCAGGCCUUUGAGGAGCUCCGCUUGGCCACACAGGAGACUGAGAAUGAACUGAGAAAGCUGCAACACAGUCAGGAGUACUUCAUCAUCCAGUACCAGGAGAACAUGCGCAUCCAGGGCCAGUUGAGCAGCCUGUCGUCACUGCCUCCAGCUGAGCGCUCCCAGCGGGAGACCACCCUACAGAGCAAGAGGGCCACUGUGGAGGCUUGGCUCACCAGAGAGGCCAGCACGCUACAGAAAUACAGGCUUGACCUGUCAGAACAACACCAGAAGACCCUGGCACUGCUGAGGAAGCAGCAGACUCUGAUCCUGGAUGAAGAGCUUAUUCAGUGGAAGAGGAGGCAGCAGCUGGCUGGCAACGGGGGUCCUCAUGAGGGGGGGCUCGAUGUCCUCCAGUCCUGGUGUGAGAAACUGGCUGACCUGAUCUGGCAGAACCGACAGCAGAUCCGGCGCUGUGAACAUCUAACCCAGCAACUUCCUCUGCCAGGCCCCAUGGAAGAGCUACUGAGCAAACUCAAUGCUGACAUCACUGAUAUCAUUUCCGCCUUGGUUACCAGUACCUUCAUCAUUGAAAAACAGCCACCCCAGGUGUUAAAAACCCAGACCAAGUUUGCAGCCACAGUGCGCCUUCUGGUGGGUGGGAAGCUCAACGUCCACAUGAACCCACCUCAGGUCAAGGCUGUCAUUGUUAGCGAGCAGCAGGCCAAAGCUCUGCUGAAGAAUGAGAGCACACACAGUGAAAGCAGUGGAGAAAUCCUCAACAACAACUGUGUUAUGGAGUAUCACCAGACCACUGGCACCCUCAGUGCACACUUCAGAAACAUGUCACUGAAGCGGAUCAAGCGUUCGGACCGUCGAGGUGCAGAGUCAGUGACGGAGGAGAAGUUCACAGUUCUGUUUGAAUCACAGUUCAGCGUAGCGGGCAAUGAGCUGGUCUUCCAUGUCAAAACCUUAUCGCUGCCUGUGGUAGUGAUCGUUCAUGGUAGUCAGGACAACAAUGCCACGGCAACGGUGCUGUGGGACAACGCCUUUGCUGAGCCGGGCAGGGUGCCAUUCAUUGUGCCGGACAAGGUGCUGUGGCCCCAGCUGUGUGAGGCUCUCGACAUGAAGUACAAGGCAGAGAUGCACAGUGGGCGUGGCCUGUCAGAGGAUAACCUGGUCUUCCUGGCUCAGAAGGCUUUUACAAGCAGCAGCAACAACCCUGAGGACUACCGCAACAUGACCAUAUCCUGGGCCCAGUUCAACCGGGAAAGCUUACCAGGACGCAACUUCACCUUCUGGCAGUGGUUUGAUGGAGUUGUAGAGCUCAUGAAGAAACAUCUCAAGCCUCACUGGAAUGAUGGGGCCAUCCUGGGCUUCGUAAACAAGCAGCAGGCACAGGACAUGCUGCUGUCCAAACCCAACGGCACCUUCCUGCUGCGCUUCAGUGACUCAGAGAUCGGAGGCAUCACCAUCGCCUGGGUGGCUGAGAACCCAAACAAACCAGGUGAGAGGCUCGUCUGGAAUCUGUUGCCUUAUACAACCAAGGACUUCUCCAUUCGAUCCCUGGCUGACCGCAUCAGCGACUUGAACCACCUUCUGUUUCUCUACCCUGACCGGCCCAAAGACGAAGUCUUCGCCAAGUACUACACCCCUCCACUCUCAAAGGCAGUGGAUGGAUACGUAAAACCACAGAUCAAACAGGUUGUGCCAGAAUUCACCACCCCGAACCCUGAACCCAGUGGAGGAGCGCCCACAUUCAUGGACCAGACAGCGUCUCCCUCUGUGAACCACCCCAACAACUUUGGUGUCUACCCUUCUAUAAGUGACACCAUUUUGGAUGCAGAUGGAGACUUCGACCUGGACGACUCGAUGGACGUGGCCCGCCAUGUGGAGGAGCUGCUCCGUAGACCUAUGGCCAACCAGUGGAGCAGUCAGCAGUCCUAAACCUGAAACCUGAACCUGCGGCACACAUUCAGGUCUCCUCCAUCUUUUCUAACAGAAGCACCCACACUUGUCUUUGUACUGGACUGCAGCCACGGCAAAAACUGUCCUGCCACUCUGGCAGAUCCACAUCACAAUUCACUAUUCACCUUCGUUUUUAGCCGUCCACAGGAGUUUGGGAAGAGAACGGGCAAGUAGACGGCCAUUCAUCACCAGACCCAAGUGUCUCUGUAAAGGAAGUCAGCCGAACAAGAGUCAGUGUUACUGGUGUGACAGAGGCUGGUGUAGAUGUCCUCUUCCUCUUACCGUAGUUUCUCAGGACUGUCAUGCAGAGUCAAUGGAAUUUUGAUACAAAAGUGAGACAUAAGUUUGUUUUUUAUGAAUGUUUUAUGUUUUUUUGCAUUCAUAUGUGCCUGAUGAGCUUUUAGCUAGAACUGCAGAAAGUAGAUAAACUAGCUUCACUUCAUUCUUUGAAAGGUUUCCUUUCAUCUACACAGUGACCAUGGAUUAAUGUGACUAAAUGCUGGCAGAUUCAGGAUAUGGAAAAAUGCUUGUCAAUAAUAAUUAUGUCUUAUAAAUCCAGAAAAUCCUUUUAAAAAAGACUUAAAGUGAGACUAACUUUUGCUGAAAAUCAGCCACUGUGACCACAAGUUGUUCUUACAGGAAGAUGACAAAUUUAAUUUUCCUUCAUUUUCCAAGAUUCUCCUGAGUCAGUUGAAUUGAGGAUGUCCUCAUUAGACCACCUGACUGAGAGUGAGUGGGUGGGACAAGCAGGAAACAUGUCAAAGCACAUCACAGCAGCAUGUUUCUCAGUCAGGUGCAUUGUUAUUACCUGAGCUGUUGCUUAGGACUUAAAACAGGAUUAAAUCUGUGUUGUCAGAAACAAAAUGAGUGGUUAUUUAAACCCCGAUUCUGUAUCCUGAGGGUGAGUGAAUGAAUGAAGGGGCCCCCGUUUUGUUUGUUCUUGUGCAUGAGUGUGCACUCCACAGGAUAGCUUUAAGUUAAACUUCAGUGAAACCCUUUGUGAACAGGUUUCAGUUUAACCUCAGGAUCAGUGGUGUUUAGGUGGCAGGAGGGCAGGAGACAGCAGGGCUUAACUGGACCACAGGCCAAGCUUAACCUUCAGCCUCAGGGUGCAGAACUGGGCUUUCAGAAAUCAUUCAUUGUGUUUCUCUCAACAGAAGGUUCAUCAAACUGGGGAGCUCAGUUACAGAAAGCAUGUGCUGAUCGAUGUGGCAGCACAUGGUGUCAGGUGAGCCAGGUGAUUUGUUCAGUCACCUGAGACUAUUAGUCUGAGGAAAAUUAAAUCCCUGAUUGAUUGUACGAUCAAUUCCCACCUCAACCUUAAUAUACAUCAAUAUGUUUCACAGAACAAGGAUUCAAUUCUAAAGAGACAGAAGUAUUAUUGUACAAGCUAAUUAUUUAACUAUAUGAUGUACAUAGACAAAUAAAACACUGUUUGCUGUUCCAGUGCUAUUUCAGUCAGAAAUGAGCUGAGGCUGUAAAAUCACACAGCUAAUUUCUGUUCUGAUAAUAAUGAAUUUCCAGCAGUGUUACGCUGAGCUUCUGUUAAUAAUCCUUUUGAUACAGCAAUCAGGUUCGCCGUGUUUACCUUGUUACAGAAAACAUUUUGGUGGUUUAACCAAGUAGAGCUCAUAGUUUGCUAACAUUAGCCACCAUAAGCUACUGGUCAUACUGGACCAAGUAAGACUGUAGCAGCAAACCCCUGAGUGUAUUGAACUGAACAAGGCUGAGUUUAUUACUUAGGAAUUAAGCUUUUUGUGAGAGAAUGUUGUUGUUUUUUUAUUUCUCCUUUCCAAAGGUUUCAUGGUCUGGUUUUAUUGAAUUGUACAAUUGAAUUGUAAAUCUGUAGCCGUUAUUAUUCUGUGCUUUUUGUAUAAUAUUUUUCUUAAUUGCAUGUAUUACAGCUAUUCUCUGAUGCUCCUGUACUACACAGCCUUACAGCAAAAUGUCAAAGGGUCUUUGGUGCGAUAAUUUGGUCUCAUGAAGUUAAUAACUGCUUAUUGCUUUUAACACUUUGAUGUUGUGCCACUUUGUCGGUGAAACGAUGAGUUUAAUUAUUAUUUGGACUUUAUUUUAACCUUAGAUAAUGUCCUAAUAUCCACGAGAACCAGAAAUGUGUCCUUGGGGUGGACCAGCCUCAUCAAACUGGGCUUAAAAUGGCAAAUAACAAAAUUGUUGUCAAUUUUACAUAUGGGCAAAUUUCAGUUCAGGUACAUGUUGCUGUGCCCGAGUUUACUAAAUACAGAUGUUGUAGUCUGUAGUCUGCAGUGAGUGCUCUGUGCCUUGGUAAACGUUUGUCCAACAUUGUAGAGAUUUGUUUUGGUGGUUUAAAUUUUGAGGCUGGAAAUAUGGAAAGGAAUCCCUGACAGUCACAAGUAGCUCAAAGUAUUUAGAAAGUACAGAUUCAUAUUAAAGGACAAUCAAGUGAAUUAGUUUUUCAAUUUCAUGAAGUUCUGAACAUGGAAGCAGCAGAGGACAAAAUAAGCUUCCCUUAAUCUCUGAUAUAGACCAAGUUCCACAAACACUGGAACCGAGCCCUCCCAUAAUGUAACUCAGUAGCCUCUGCCUCUCUGGCUCACCCCUGUCUGUCAAACUGCGUGUCUCUGCUAUAAAUUUGUAUGCAUGCACAUAGGUUGCUAAACCAACAGUUGGGAAAUUAUAUUUGGAGGAGCUCACAGUGAAAAUGCAUUCAUUGCAUCCGCAAUGAAUGCAAGAUUUCUGACCUUCAGAAUAAAAAGUGUGAGGGAUUAGUUAGUGUUUAAGUAGUGUAAUUUGUUAUUUAUACCCAAUAAUAGCACAGAUUACUAUAACACCUGUCCUUCUUCUUUCUUCUAAAUUCCAGACAUUUUGCUCAACAUUAACAAUACUGAACAAAUUAGGAUUUAUACAUGUGUGCUCAGUUUCACUGCAACAAUUCGUUGCCAUGGAUUUCCACUCCUAUAUUUUCUCCACUUCAUGGCCACCUGCAGACUCAGUAAAGCUGAGUCGCCCUCACAAAAAUCACUGGAGUUCCGCAGGGUUUCCAGAACUGCACUCUAACCAAACAUCAUAAGCCAUUAAUCAGAAUUUAACAGAAUGACUUGAAGUCAAGAAUAUGUAAGAGGUGUGUGCGGAAUAGACCAACAUCAGGAUGGCAAAAUUAGAAAUCCAAACCCGAACAAUUUCUAAUAGAACAUUUGAAUCCAGUCCUGAGCAGCCGAUCCUCGACCCAGCAGGUACGCUGAGGCGCUCACCCACUUAACCAGAAAUCUUUCAGCAGGUGUGUUGUGCCUAUGCUAUCUGUCAAUGGAUUGCUUUGAGAGGAUACUCAUACCUCAUACUUUGUAAUACUUCCUGCAGGGUUGCCCAUGUGUUCAGCACUGCUUCUGAAACUGCCAGAGUACAGUCAUUAUGUCAGAUCUGCACCCUCACAAUAGAUGAAUUCACGAGCGGAAUCCUGUUCUGCAUAUGAAGCUUUUCCUAGAUUCUCAGUUAUCCUGAAGUAAAAACCUGCAUUAAUGUUCAUCCUGUAAUGUUUCUUCUGUGUGGAGACACAGAGGCUCUGUUGGUCUGUUUGUUCCGUGUUGAUUGUCAAGGGACAGUACUGUCCAUGCAGGAUUUUUUAAAGCCAUUGUCAUGAACACCACUGCCAGUCUCAGCAAAAGGAAUGUGUAAUCCCUUUUAGAAAACAUAACUCAGCCAGAAUAAAAGUUAACUCAGAAAUCUCAGGAAAAGUCACUGUGGAAAACAGGUCGAUUCAAAGCAACCAAAUAACACCUGAUGACUCGAGUGUAGAGUGGAUAUUUUUCUAGCCCUCCAGCUACUUUUGUCUCUCAUUAUUUUUGUUAGAUUGUUAAUAAAAACACAAACUUUGAUGGUGCACUAGAUCAGCAAAUGCAAACAAGCACUUUGAUGCUCACACCAGCAGUUAUUUGAUGUUGUCGCUAAUACAGCACCUCUGUACAUCUGGACCUGCAGCUGUUUGUCUUUGAACCAACUUCAUGCUUGUAUGUUUGUCUUGAGUAAAAUUCAGUCGUCCCGCUUGCUGCAGCUGUGUGUUUGCUGGCUUCUGUUCAGUCUAUGGGCCUCUUUGGCAGCUUCUUAUUUACUGGAAGUCUGAUGUUUGCAUUGGAGACAUGAAAAUAAAGUUUUUUUUCUAAUGA